AUGUCUAACAACCAGUCAGCGGGCGAGGUGCCCAUGUCACUGCAUGAAGAGUCGCCCUACGUACGCACUCAGGAUUAUGUCCAUGGCCCGCAAUAUAUGAUGCACGAACAGGCAUCGCCUCGGCUACCACAUCCUAGACCAUAUCAAUUCGGAUUUGGUGGUGAUGACACCGUGAUCGUGGACGCGAAAGUGUUCAAUCGCAACAACCAUGACUUCGCCGAAGGAGACUUCAUCUGCCCCGACUUCUUCAACCGCGUCGAUCUAGGGGGGUUCACCCGCCGUUUCAACGUUUCGCAAUGGAGUUACGAGAUGCGACGGCAGGCCCAGUCCGUUCUUCCCUUUCUAUCACUGGGUCCUUCAUCUUGUUUACGUGACAUUGAGUACAUUCGCAACCAAGGCUUUACUCUCCUUCUUGCAAUCAGAAGUCGCCACUCCGCGCAGGCACGUCUCGUAUCUGGCGACAAGGCUGCGAGAGAAGCCGGAAUCAUGGCGGAUACAAUUGAUGUGCUCGAUAGCCAAGAGCUCAUUUCCGCAUUUCCUCGCGCAAUCCGCCGCAUCAACGAUCAUUUAGCCGGUGUGGAUAUCGACUGUAAAAACAUGGCGGUGGGCAACACGCAGCAAAAGAGGAAGGUGCUCGUCUUCUGUGAAUCGGGCAACGAACGUUCUGCUACCGUCGUCAUUGCCUAUAUCAUGGUCAUGCUCAACCUUGGCGCUGUUGAGGCCACGCACACUAUUCAACAGCGGCGUUUCUGCGUUUCUAUUGAAGAUAAUUUGAAGCGCACCCUGGCCGCAUUCGAGUCAAUUCUUUCGGCCAAACGUGACGUUGAGCACGCAAAACACGCCAUCCCCCCGCGCAUCAAUGCCACUACUUCUCUGGCGCCACCUUCUCCGUCGCCAGUUCUUGCGAAGAAGCGAAGCUUCCAAGACCAUAUGGAUGAUUAUCACACCAUGGAUGAGGAAAUGGAUGUGGAUGGAGACGAGGACCCAUUCUUUGAACGAAAACCUGAUGCCCCAUUCCAAGACCGUGUGGUCUAG